CUGCUGAACUUCCUUCUUAAAUGUCGAACUUUUGUUUACUUGUCUUUAAGAAACUAUUCCGGUGUAUUUUACCAAGCGCGGAGACGUGAACAAGCAUACGAGCUCGAGCACUGCACUACAGGGUGCCUGUCUGUUGGACCAAGAUUGGCUUUCUGUUCCCAACAAGGAAGAUUACAUUUAGAUGUUAGCUCGCCACAUCUCUGCUUUUUGUGGAGCUUGAUGAUGGGUUUCUGGCAGCCGCUGACUAAUCUUAGAGAUUAUGUGUCACAGAAUCCUCCAGGGACUACAUUUUUCCUGUGUUUGCUAACUCUGGCUAUUUCAUUCAUCUGCCUUAGUUUUUACAGCAACACUCACACUCUGCCUAACCCUGAUAUAACAAAGGACUGGAACCGUGUGUUGUCCUCCUUAUCAACAUUCCACCUAUGUGUGAAAGCAAAUGAGCUUAAUUCCUCAGUCCAAUCACCUCUUAUCAAGCAGGAAGAGGACAGAAAGACCUCAGUUAACUCAGCAAAGAGUCCUUCUUCUGUCACCCAUUUACAUCUCAAGGUUCCUCUUGCUCUUGUGACUUCCAGCUCUCCGAGUGUCUCGCUGAGAGAUCUCAGUCUACAUACAACCUUGAGAGCCAGUCAGCUGCUUAUUGGAGGCAAUGAAAAUGUUAAUUUGACACUAGAGUUUCUAUCUGACAAUGGUAGCUACACCUGCCUCACUAUAAGUGCCCCAAGUGACCUCCUGCCAACAAGUGUUCGUCCUCCAGAGUGCCCUGAGUCAGAGAAAAAUAUUUCAUCCUUCUAUGUGGAGGCAAGUAACCAGCUGCCUACAUUAUCACCAACCUGCUACAGUCUGAACUUCAAGGAUGAUACCACUCUUACAGUCAUGUUAACACAGGAGGAACAGAGUGUGGCAGUGCAACAUCUGUUGGACUUCAGUGUGUGUCUCCUUGGAGUUUGUUUGAUGCUCUGUAUAGCUGCUUGUCAACCACAUGCACUAAAACGCCGCAACCAAUGGAAUGGACUGAACCAACAAAGUGAACCCUUAAUAGACAGCUGAGCGAUUAAAUCAGUUGAUGGUUGGAAAGAGAGGGCUACGCCUAACUACAGCCUACAGAAGAAGCUGGUUUGUUGUUUGUACUACUAACUGUGAAAAUAUUUGUAUAAUGCUGCUUUGGAGAAAGCUCUCCUAAAUUCAUACUUGGGACUAAAGUCAGGGUACAGCAACCUCUCUUGGAACAGUUUGAACCCAUUUAUCUGUCUCUCACAAGUUUUGCUACAUUACGAAUGUGCAAUAUGUAAAAUCAUUUUGAGAAACAUGGCCAUGGUAGAAAAUGAGUUAUAAUUUAUUAUUUAUGAUGUGCUUUUCAAAAUAAAAGACAAAAAUGUUAUGAUAAGGUGGUGAUGAAGACAUUGCUCAAGACUGAAGAAAAUGGAUGAAACGUGGGUUAAAAUUGCUAUUAUAUUUGCCUUAUAUUUGUUUAAUAACAAAGUAUUAACAGAUCAUUGGGCACUGUAAAUAGUGUGUGUGUGUGUGUAGAAGUUAGCAGUGCUAUGAACUGUUUUUCUACAGGGUUUUACGCUUCUCAGCAACAAAUGACUGCAGUCGUGCUGUUUCAAACAUGUUUCUUUGCUGUAGAAGGAAUAGCUUUACUUGGGCUGUUUUGUUGACUAAUGUGAUUCAUUUGUCAGUGUCAAACACAGGUAUUACAGUAAGCACUGUAUUGUACUGUAACUGUAAUGUCAAUAAAGGCUAAAGCCAAGCUAAGGGGAAUGUGAA